CAAGAUGGCGGCACAAGAUGAAGUUGACGUAUGUGAAAGCUGGGAGGAUAUGGACGAAAUUGGCUUGGACCAAAAGAUCAAGCUGAUGUCCAGUGUGCCGCCAGUGUCGGCUCUAAAAGGUUGCAAGGUUACGAACGUAAUUGUAGAAGAGAGCGCGUGUAUUGGGUCCCAGUGCGUGAUGCCUGAGCCAGCUAUUCGUAUACUGAAGCGUCCUAGCUCUUUGGCUAGUGGGCAGCUAAACGGGGAAAGCCGAGCGCGGCCGGUCAAAACCCUGGAACAAAGACAGAAGGAAUACGAAGAAGCGAGAUUACGAAUACUUGGCGAAGCCAGGAGCCCAGAAGACGUUAUUGAUGACAACCUCAGUAGGUUACAAGACAAACUCCAAGCAAACAACCUCAACGAAAACCAGAGUACGGCUAAAACGAAAACUUGUAAUGAAAACAAUACCAAAGGCAAAGAAAGAAAGGUUCUAUCCAGGCUACCACCCGGGGCUACGCCUGCUGGUGUCUUCCCCUCACCUCCACCUCCUGGAGUCCUCGUGAUACGUACACCAAGAGGACCAGAUGGCACCAAAGGCUUUGUGCGGAGGUAGCAUUACGUGAAUGUGUUUGUAUUCGUUAUUAUAGUCCAUCCAAUGUUUUCAUUAUGUUUAUAAUGAAGGACAUUCUUCUGGGGAGGUAUGAGGAAUGAAUUUUAUUUCACAAUUUCUAUGUUACAUUUUAGAAUACAAUAAAAUAUAAAUGUUUUGAGCGUAAUGGUAGAUACAUUU